ACUACACCGCACUCCGCUACAAGGCCGUGCCGGUCCGCCGCUGGCGCAACCGCAAAGGAAGCUGAUUCAGUGAAUAAGAUGGAUACGGACGACACGGCGUCGGGAAGUGGCGCCCAGAAGCGGCGAACCGUUCCCGAUGACGACACAAUAAUCAAACGCAAGAUUCCGAGAACAACAGAGCGGGAUUCGGCUGAGCAGCGAGUCUUUGACCGGCUGUUCGGGCCUCCUCCCGAGGAGAUGCAACAGGAGGCGAUGGAACCCGCGCCUUGCAGGACAGCACUGUCUGCAGAGGCAGCUUAUCCAGCAAAGAAAAUGGAUACAGACGAAACGGCGUCGGGAAGUGGAGCCAGGAACCGGCGAACUGUUCCGUAUGACGACAGAAAAAUAGAGCGGAGGAUUCCGAGAGUAACAGAGCGGAAUUCGCCAGAGGACCGAGGCUGCGACUGGAUGAUCGGGUUCGCUCCUGUGGAAGUACAGCCGGGGCGCUGGCCGCUCGUUCCUCGCACGGCUGCACCGGUCCCAGAGGAAGCUGAUUCAGUGAAUAAAAUGGAUACAGACGACACGGCGUCUCGAAGUGGCGCCCAGAAACGGCGAACCGUUCCCGAUGACGACAGAAUAAUCGAAAGCAACAUUCCGCCGAGAACAACAGAGCGGGAUUCGGCUGAGCAGCGGUUCUUUGACCGGCUGUUCGGGCCUCCUCCCGAGGAGAUGCAACAGGAGGCGAUGGAACCCGCGCCUUGCAGGACAGCACUGUCUGCAGGUACCACAAAUAAAGCAGAGAGAGUGACUAAAGUCCGCGGACACCUGCGGUGCUCCCCGCUGUCGACAAAAAACCGCCUGCCCACGCUCGGCACUGGAAUCCAGCAGACGAAGCAGCGACAUACCACACCAGAGGCCGACGGACGAAGAGAGGGGAUGGCUGAAGAAUUAGAGGACGAAAAUACGGAACUCAGUGUAGUGAACCAAGACUUCCAAAAACAAAUCAGAGAAUUAAUUCAUAAUAUCAGAGAACAAACCCAAAGGCAAGCACGGACAAUGACAUAUGCCGCCGCCUUAACAAUAGAGCCCAAAACCGAAGAGGCACGGAAAACAGAAGAGGCCACAAGAAUAUACAUCAAAUCGACAGAAAAUCAAGACCCCUAA